AUGUGUCAAGCACAGCCUCAAAAAUUGAAGCGAAGUGCGCAUCAGGAAAAUGACGUGGCUGAAAACUCUUCUCAAGGAGAAUAUCGAGGUUCCGAGCGAUACUUUGCAAGAGAAAGCAGAGGACGUUCGCAGACUCCAGAAGAGCUCAAUGUAGAGGUUUAUACACAGAAAAGUGUGAAAGAAACUACCGUGAAAUCGUUUGCGCAAGAUUCGCAUGGUCAAGCCACAGAAGCUGAUGAAGAAAUGCAAUCUGUCGAUGCAUUGACAAAGCGAGACAAAAGAAUCUCGGAUCUUGAGAAUGAAAAUACCAUCUUGAGAUCAAAGCUUUGUAAGCUCUCAAUAAAAAAUACCUCGUUCAAUGAGCAAAGAGCAAUGCUUCGCAAUACGAUGAUGAAUCUUAGAGAAGAGAAUGAAUCUUUGGGGAGAAUGCUGAAUCAAACAACACCCAUGACUUCAACCCCAGUGAGAUUCGGAUCUCGCCCAAAAAUCUAUGUUCGAAACCCUGCUGCAUGUUCCAUGGGUCCUACUCAGGACGCAUCUAAAAUGCCUAUGAUGGGUGAAUCUUCUGCAAACAAGAGAAGUUAUGCUGAAUUUUCCGAACCAUGUCAAGAUAGCUACACGGGACCGCGGAAACACUUCUUUUUCCCCAACAACAACAACAACAACAACAACAAAGUCGAUUCUUAUCAAAGAUCGGCAGUCAUGAUAACUUACAAGUCGAGAAGAGCAGAAAUGCUGGAGAGACUGUUUGUAGAAGAAAGAGAAAAUGCUGAGUAUUCACGCGCGUUGAAAGAAGCUCAAAAAGAAGCUUCAAACUUUGAGGUGGUCGCGUCGUUGCCCAAGCUAGAAAAGCUGAAGGCAAUUGAAAGUGCCGUUUAUAAGAAGCUAUUCGGUGAUGAUCCAUCAGAUAUGAAGACAUCCUUGACCGAUGAGGCAGAAGAAGAAAUCCUCGAAUUGGAAACACUUCCCCCCCCUGCCAGCGAAAAGAAGACGAAUAUCGUCGACGCAGCUUCAGCAGAAGGGAACGCAUUCGUAGAAUCUAACCUAAGUCACGCGAAUCAAGCUUCCAAGCCUGCUGCCCCUGCAGAAGUUAGACCGUUAAGUCGCUUAGAAGAAAUUCAAAUGCGAGUCGGUACUAAGCUCAAGGAAGAGAUGGGUGCUGCGGCCUGGCAAAGACGAAAAUUAAUCAAUGCAAAGGACGUCGCCUAUGAGAAAGACAGAUUGGAAAGGAUAAAUUACCAAGCGAAACUCAUUCCGAGGAAACCUGGUGGCAAGAUACAUCAAUACACGUCCUUUGCUCCCGCUACAUAUGAUUGUAGGACAUAUUGGUCUGCAGAACAUGGUUCACAAAUCCGAGCUGCUCAAACUGCAUUACAUGUACGUUUCCAGAGCGUAUUCGAAAAGGAUGUCGAAUUCCGCUUGUGGCCUGAGCCAGCAGAUUGGAAAGCGUUUGAGAAGAAUCCUCAAAAAGGUAGAGAAAUUCUUGCUAGGGCGGAAAAGUUUCUGGAUUUCUGGAUCUGGGAUUUCUUGUCCCAAACACACGCUACAGAUCGAGUUCCUCUAAUUACUUGUCUUGAUUGGUUCUUGAAAGGAGACAAGUCACCUAAAUACAAGAGAUAUGUCAAGCUGUGUGUCACUCCAAAACCGGAGAAUGCCGUUGCAGCAAAGGCAUUAUUCCAAGCCCAUACAACAAAAGUCUGGGCAAAAAACAUUGACCCAAGUACUAUGGCUCAGCCAUCCAUCGAAGAGGUUUACAGAAAGCUAGUUGACGAUGAAGGAUGUUCAAAGGUAGUCUCCAAAGAGACUACUAUGCGAAAUCGUCUAGGUGAAUCCGACAGUAAACAAGAAGUUGCUAAAGGCACUAUUGAUACCAGUACCAAGGAUGCAAAAAAGUCAUAUCCCAAGGCAAGACAACCGGAAUUUAAUGUCCUCCAAGUGAGCGCUGAUGGUACACACGAAGUUAUCUCAGCCAAAGAUUCUCGUGGUGUGACUCAUAUUUCCCAAGCAGCUGCUGAUAAAGCUGAUGAGGAGUACGCCAAGGAUUGCAGGCAACUUCCAAAUGCCUCUCCGGACGGGGACACUGUUGUCGAAGCAGAACAAGACUCAAAGGAUGAAUCUGAUUCUGCUUCUGAUUCAGGUUGCCCAUUUUCAAACCCUAUUGAAACUGAUGGGCUCCGCGGACGACCACUUGGUCCCUGGUCACCAGCCAUUGAACCUCGUCAAUCAUUUAGGUCAUCUUUUGCUCGUCGUUCAUCAAACAAUGAUGACCGUCCCGUGGCCAACUUUACCAAUAGUCCCCGUGCGUCGCACGAUAAUCUUUUUGGUGAUUAUGGUAGGCUUCUCGCUGGAUAUAGCUGUCCUCGUAGUUGGGCUGACGAGUCCAGAGAGCCCUCUCCAGUGCGCGCUGUACAAGCAGCACCAGAGGUGACUAGUUUUCGUUCCGUAUUCGGUUUCAAUAGACCAGAUGAUGUCACAAGUGGAAUGUCUUCGCUAAGUCUAGAAAAGACAAAGCCGCGCAGAAACAGUGCAGAGACCUUUUUACCUCCAAAUAAGGAGUUUCGGUGUGAAAACUCCGGAUGA